UUUUGUACCGCAUAUCAUAAACACAUACAUUUUAGUACCAAUGGAUGAACGGUGCGUUUUUUUAUUUUUAUCCAUCUUCAUCAUAAACUUCUUGUCCGUAACUAAUGAAGGCAAAAAAUUAUACAUUAAAGAUACUCUUAAAGUUAAACCAUUUGAUGAUCGCCUUGAGCCAAAGAAACUUCAAACAGUUGUUGUAGAUGCAUUGACCGCGAGGUACAAGAAUCGGAAGAUGAUAGAUGUGUCUAAAAAUCGUUUUAAAUUUCACAUGGUAUGGAGGGGAUUUAAAAGAUUUUUGAUGGAAACAAUUUUAAAAGUUUUUUGUCCAUCGAUAGUAAGAGAUUUGAGAUCAAUAAAAUUACUCAGAGAAAUGGUUUCUAAUGAUGAUGUUGUUAGAAAUAAAUUAAAUUUUGUUCUUCCGUUUGAUAAUUCAAAAUCGACUAAAAAAGGCAAUAACAAAGAUGAAAAUAGUGAUGAAGAUAGUGACAAAGAAAGCGAUGACGAAAACGACAAAGAAAGCAACGAGAGUAAAAAGCGAAACAAAAAACCAGUUAUAAAAGGCAAAAAUAGUAAAACCGAAAAAAAUAGUGAAGAAGACGACGAUGAUGACAGUGACGAAGAUGAUAGCAUCGAAGAAGAAGAAAGUAAUCCGAAGAAAAGAAAAAAAACAUUAGAUGAUUUAUUUAAGUAAUUAAAAUUAAAAAUUAAAAUAUUUUUAAGAUAUAACAAUAGGUAC